AUAAAAAGCAAAGAAAGCAAAAGACAACCAACUCAACAUUGUCAAUUAUUUGCACCUCUCUCCUCCUUUCUUUCUCCCUUUGUCUCUUUCCCCUCCUCUUCCGAAUCCGAGGGAUACAGCACCCUCAGAUCCAAGUUCCCAACCCACCCACCUUUUUAUUCCUCCUCAAUCAUUCGUCCCGUCCGUUUCUUCACCUCCGCUGAACAUUUCCCCCUGGAUCGGUAAACCGUUGCUAUUCUUUGAAGACUUGGAAGAUCGAUUUGCUGCUCAGUCCUUGGUUUGCUCUUCAUAAGUCGAUACUCUACAGGGUGUGUAUGACCUAUUGUUUGAGGUGUCUGAAUCUGCAAGUUUAACUGCCGAAUCUCUUCUUUUGAUGGCAUCAGCGGGUGUAGCACCUGCUUCUGGAUUGAGAGAUGUAAAUGCAAACACAGUUGGCAUUGACAAAUUACCUGAUGAGAUGAAUGACAUGAAAAUUAGAGAUGACAAGGAAAUGGAGGCAACUGUUGUAGAUGGAAAUGGGACUGAAACAGGACAUAUAAUUGUGACCACCAUUGGUGGUAAAAAUGGCCAGCCAAAGCAGACUAUAAGCUACAUGGCUGAGCGUGUUGUUGGACAAGGUUCAUUUGGUGUGGUUUUUCAGGCAAAGUGCUUGGAGACUGGUGAAACGGUGGCUAUAAAGAAGGUUCUUCAAGACAAGAGAUACAAGAACCGGGAAUUGCAAACUAUGCGUCUUCUUGACCACCCUAAUGUUGUAUCUUUGAAGCAUUGCUUCUUUUCAACUACUGAAAAAGAUGAGCUUUAUCUUAACUUGGUACUUGAGUAUGUUCCUGAGACUGUCCAUCGGGUGAUCAGACACUACAAUAAAGUGAACCAAAGGAUGCCGUUGAUAUAUGUGAAACUUUAUUUCUACCAAAUAUUGAGAGCACUUGCUUACAUUCACAACAGUAUAGGAGUCUGUCACAGAGACAUCAAGCCUCAAAAUUUACUGGUCAACCCUCACACCCAUCAGUUGAAGCUGUGUGACUUUGGAAGUGCUAAAGUUUUGGUAAAAGGGGAACCAAACAUAUCUUACAUCUGUUCUAGGUAUUAUAGAGCUCCUGAGCUUAUAUUUGGUGCAACUGAGUAUAGCACAGCUAUUGACAUCUGGUCUGCCGGUUGUGUACUCGGUGAACUAUUGCUUGGACAGCCUCUCUUCCCUGGCGAGAGUGGAGUAGACCAGCUUGUUGAAAUUAUAAAGGUUUUGGGUACCCCAACAAGGGAAGAAAUUAAAUGCAUGAAUCCUAAUUACACAGAGUAUAAGUUUCCCCAAAUUAAAGCCCAUCCAUGGCACAAGAUCUUUCACAAGCGCAUGCCACCUGAAGCCGUGGAUCUUGUCUCAAGACUACUGCAAUACUCUCCAAAUCUUCGAUGCACAGCUUUGGAGGGUCUUGCUCAUCCGUUCUUUGAUGAACUGCGGGAUCCAAACACGCGCUUGCCAAAUGGGCGUUUUCUUCCCCCACUAUUUAACUUCAAGGCCAACGAGCUUAAGGGAGUGCCUGCAGAGAUGCUGGUGAAGCUGAUUCCAGCACACGCCCGAAAGCAGUGUGCUUUAUUUGGAUCAUCGUGAUUCGGCCUUCAGUUAAAAUUCUAGUCUCUGCCUGUAGAAUUGUAUUGAAGUCUCCGUUCAGGUUGUGUUGUCCUGGUAAUUUUUUUUUUUUCUUUCAUCGCAUGCCCGUACAAAGCUGUUUGAGAAGCUUCACAGUUCGAGGUUGUUUAUAGAAUUUGAUGGGCUUUGCCAGCCCUCACGGUUUAACAGAUUGUAUUAACUAGAAAAGUUAUUUAUUUGAAUAUAAUUGACCACCAUCGA